GUUAACCUCAUCUCGUUGCAAUGAUUCAGUCGAUGGUUUGAUCUUUAACGUAAUACAGUGCAAAAUGGUGUCCGCAAAGUUGUUCUUCGUUGUCUCAGUUCUCGUGACAUCAUUGCUUUCCGCAAAUGCCGGAUUGUUGGACUAUGUUUACCCCGCAAUUAUGACCGCGUUCUACAGUCAAGUGCCGACUAAGGAGGGCUAUCGAUUCAAGCAGGAGGACCCAAAUGGCAGUUCACGUGAGGAAAUUGGCGUCAUUAUGAAUCCAGAUACGCCAGAUGAGGAAUUGGUGAUAAUGGGCAUGUACAAGGUGUAUGACGAGAAAACCGAUACCGAGACGAUUACGAUGUAUACAGCCGAUAAAAAUGGUUAUCAACCGCGUUUUAAAUUGAAAAAUCGUAAACUAAGUUCCAAGCUCUUAAUGACGUCUACUGGUUAAGCGAAGAAACAGUGAGAAACCUAUGUAAUUGUUAUUGCAUGGAUAUAAAUGGAAAUUAAAAUAGUUACAUACGAUUAAAUAUACAACAAAUAAGUUAAUACUGCUAACUAAGAACAGUUAUGAAAAUAUAUUGCUUGAUGUGUUCAAAAGGGAAC